AUGGUAGCGCAAGGCUCACGGGCCAAGCCCACCAGGCGCUUGAAAGGUGGCACUGAAACGACAAAAUCACAUCGAUUCGAGGGCUUUUCACAGCGUAUCGCAAAGCUCAAAAUCGAUCCCAUCCACCGAGUGCGCCGGGCGAGCUUUGGUGAGGAUGAAGGCGAAACUACAUCCUACUUCCGGUCGGCUCUUGAUCACUGGGUGGACAUGAACUUAUCGGACAAUUUCACACAAUUCACUCGCCGUGUCAACAACCUCUCCGAAAGUCUUGCGCAGAUUGUAUACCAUGAGGAGAAGAUCAUGGGCCUGUUGGUCGAAUUCAUCGAGAAGAGAGACCAGAAUUCAUUGGAGCCUUUGUUGAGCUUGUUGUCACAAUUUGCCAGAGAUCUAGGAGUUCGAUUCGAGAAACACUUUGCCACAGCAGUCACAUUGGUCGCAUCAGUCGCAGCCACACAUCCCGAUGUUGAAGUUGUCGAAUGGAGUUUUACCUGCCUUGCAUGGAUCUUCAAGUUUCUUUCUCGUCUUCUAGUUCCUGAUCUGCGCCAGCUCUUGAAGAUCAUGAGCCCAUACCUGGGCAAGGAACGCCAAAAGCCUUUCGUUGCCCGCUUUGCCGCCGAGUCAAUGUCCUUCCUCAUUCGCAAAGCCGGUCUUGUCUACUACAAAAACAAGACGCCUCUCGAGAACGCCGUCUCCUUCCUGUACGAAGACAUCAUGCAACAUGCCGAAGAAGGGAAAAGCACCGACUCAUACAAGGAGGGUUUGAUGGUUAUGUUCGCUGAUGCGAUCAAGGGAGUCAACCACGGGCUACACUCAAACGGAGCUGAUAUUCUUCGAUGCGUGCUGGACCAAGUUCCCUCGAGCUCUGGAAACCAUCAGUUGCCCUCGGAGGUGGCUACAGGGGUAGUCAUCAACCUCAUCCAUCACAUGACACCUGACACCUUCGGGCCCCUUUUGGAGACAGUGAAGGAAUAUAUUGAGAUUCGGUCUAGCACCGGGGAUAAUCCCAAUUUCUCGCUUUCAUGCCGUCUCAUAUUUGUCUGUGUUGCAACUCGAAAGGCGUCCAGAAUUAGAGACUGGAAAACGGUCCAUCAAACUCUGGUUUUGCUCCUCAAACAAGCCGCCGCAGCCCCGGCUGUUCAUCUGGAAGCUAUGCCUCAGCUGCUCGGUGGAGUGGCAUAUGCCCUGCAACUGUCACCAAUGGAUGAAAUGUUACCGUUCAUGCGCUCAUUCAUGGAUUUGAUCACCAACGGCUCCCUUUCAAAGUACUUCCUAUUCUUCUGUACGACGUUUUCGGAGUGGGGAUCUGAGCGUUUUCAAAGUUUGCUGGUCCCUUACCUACAGAAAUUCAUUAAUUCGUCGUGGAAGGAGCAUGAUUUCGAGACAUGCCUGACUCUUCUACGACUACACGAGACUGGGUGCAUCACACCCGAAUCAUCGAGGCCCGGCUAUGUUUCUUGUCCCGAGGGGCUCAAGAGCCGCAUUCACGAUUCUUUAGUAUAUCCGCCAAAGGACCAGAGUUUUAUGAAUGCCUUGGUCAAACUCCCCAAGGCGAUCUCUCUUUUCGCGGACCCUGUCACGUUGUCGAAGAUUGUCAAGAGACUACACGACAACAUUCUUUCCGCAAUGCAGGAUGCCGCAGAUGAGUCCAACGAGGAGAAGAUCAAUGAAAUUGCUUUCUAUCUCGGUCAAGGCUUCAAGGUCUAUGUUGAGCUGGCUAAAGAGGCGAAUUUGCUGGAUGCUAAUCUCUGGCGGUCCAUUCUCGCUGCAUCCGCAAAGUUCGCACGUUUGCCUCUCUUCUUGGAUGGAGUUCUCACCUUCAUGUGUACGGUCCAGAGACAGGAAGCAGAGCCGGAGACAGGGUCUGUGGACGACUUUGCUGCUCAGUUGAUUCUCAACCUGGCUUCACCUUCUCACUCUCUGAGGUUCGUCUCUCUCCGUAUCUUACAGCAGCUGAUCAUUCAGUAUGCACAAGAAGAUCCGUCACCGGUUGCAUUAGCCAUUGAAGUGGAAGAAUCCCCCUUGACAUUGCAGAGUGCGAGAACCAUCCAGAUGCAUGUCCGAAAAUUAGCCCUUAUCUACCCUCAAGUGGCUUCGCGCAAGUGGAUGGCCACACUGAUUCCGUACUUCUGCUUUGGUCUCUUUUCCAAGAAAUUGGCCCCUCUUUGGGAUGAUUCCGCUGCGGCUCUCAAGACUAUAAGCGAGCAUCCGGAAGGGGAGAAGAUUGUCUCCGAUUUGUCUAUUCAGUGGUUGCAAGAGCAGGACUCUGCCACUUCUGGAGAUGAGGAGGCGGAGGAUGAGAAAGAAAGCAACUUUGUCGACAAUGACUACGAAUGUUUCAACGUUAAUAACACGGAGCGUACCAUCAAGGCGAAUUGGGCCACUGCUCAGUCGCCAGCGCUUACUCUCUCCCAGCGGUUCCACAAAGAGCACAAGUUUGCAGGUCUGGUACCGGCUCUGCCUCGAAGCCACGCUCUACAGGUUUUGAAUGCGGCUCCCAAUGUCGCUGAAAAGCGAUCUCGUCAACUCGUGCCUCUGUUCCUCUCUUGGGCUUUUCGUGACGAUCAGGAUGAUGCUCUCCCAUCCGACACCGACACACCAGUUCGACCCUCGGACGCAUCGGCUCGAUGGGGCUUCAAAGAUCGGCUAUCCAUGCUUGCAUUGUUUGGACAGUUCUUGAAUCCAAGGGUGCUAUACAGGGCCCCAGAAGUUCAUGACGCAACCAUGGGUCUCCUUUGCCACGGAAACUCGGAGAUCCAGAAGGCGGCUCUGAAGGCUCUUUUCACUUGGAAGAACGCGCAUGUCGUGCCGUAUCAGGAAAAUCUACUGAACAUUCUGGAUGAGUCAAGAUUCAAGGAUGAGCUGAUGGUCUUCGUCCGAGCUGGGGGAGAGGACAGUUUGAUCGAGCAAGAGCAUCGCCCGAUUCUCAUGCCUGUCCUUCUUCGCCUCCUUUACGGCCGAAUGAUCUCCAAGGCGGGUGCGAGCUCUACUCAAGCAGGACAGUCUGGCCGUCGUAAGACCAUCUUGCGAACUCUCUCACAUCUUUCCGAAGACGACUUCCGACAAUUCAUUGAUAUUGCAUUCGGCCCCCUCGCUAAGGUGAAUGUAGCCUCCACCGAUCAAGAUGAUGAACAGGCGUUCAUGGAGGAAUUGUCAAGCCCCAGAAGACAGCUUGGUCUUCUCAAAAUGAUUGAUACUGUUUUCGACACCCUGCAGAGUCGCAUGGUUUCUUACACAACUCAGGCAAUGAAUGUGAUCAUCUAUUGUCUGGUGCGGGCUUGUCGCUCCUUAUAUGAUGAAAGUAGCUCGCUCUUUGUGGACCGACAGGACGAGCGACUUCUGUCGAUGUUUCAAAACAUUCGUCAGUCGGCCAUCCGUUGCAUGAGUCUUGUCUUCGCUGUAUCUCCGCACCGCGAUUGGACUCCAUAUGUGCAGAUUAUUUUCCGUGAGCUCAUCGAUAGCAGGCUCGAGCAAUUCCCUAUUGAGACCGCACAAGGUGUCUCUGGACUGCUUCGUUUGUUCCACACUUGGGCAUCUGCUCCCCGUUCAACCUUUUACCUGGUGCAACACAACAAGCAUGUUUUGGCCAAGAUCAUCGAUAUCUUAGCGGUCGAAUCCGCUAAAGACGAGGUCAAGAUCUUUGUGCUCGAUGAAGUGCUCGUUCCCCUUGUCAAGCUGGCCAGCGGCAUCAAGCUUAAGGAUGACGAAAGCGAUGAAGAUCAACAAAUGCCUGAUUUCCCGCCAGAGCAAAUCCGCAGCGAGGUUCUUUCCCCCCACCUCGAGCAUGCUCUGUCUCAUCUCGGUCGCCUUCUGAGGAGAGGUCCAUCGAAACCCGUUCUUUACUCCGGAGUAUCUGCCUUGUCCCUGAUUGCGCCAUGCGUUGAAUCUUCCGGUGAGACUUCGGGCCUCAUCAGCAUUGCGACAUACCUGCUUCGGCAACCUCCUGAUCGUGUCAAUCCGAAGACGAAGUCCGGCCUGUUGCGGAUUCUCGAGCAUUUCCUACCGCUCUACAAACCCGAGGACGAUCCCGGGCUUUCUCAACAGGUUUUCCAUGCGGUCUCUUUGAUGUUCGAUUACUUCAAGGAUGACGCGAAUCGAGAGGUUUUGGCACGAGUCUUCAACGCGCUGGCCAUUCAUGAUGAGGAACUUGCCAAAGUCGCUGAUCUUUGCGCUGAUCUGAACUCUCGAUCGGUAAAGAGGCUGGGCCCGGACUACGAGCGUCGCCUGCAAGCUUUCAGAGUUAUCAAUGAAGAAUUGUCGCAAAACCUCAACGCCAAGCAAUGGAGACCACUUGUUUACAACAUGCUCUUCCAUAUCAAGGAUGAAGAAGAACUCGCCAUCCGUUCCAGCGCCAGCUUUGGCCUGAAACGCUUCAUCGACAGGGCUGCAACGGAAACUGGCAAUGAUGGCUUCGAAGCUCUUGUCAAUGAUGUGUUGCUGCCCUCUCUGAAAUAUGGAAUUCGGCAAAAGUCCGAGUUGAUCCGAUCUGAGAUCAUCGCCGUGCUUGGUUACUUUGUCAAACUCAACCCUUCCAGGCCGUCGGUGCAAGACAUGCAUGUUCUUCUCGUGGGAGAUGACGAUGAGGCUUCAUUCUUCAACAACAUUCUUCACAUUCAACAACAUCGUCGGAUGCGCGCCCUGCGCCGACUUGCGACAGAGGCUGGCAAGGGAAAUAUUGAGUCCUCAAAUCUGGGCACCAUUUUCCUACCUCUCGUCGAGCAUUUCGCAUUCGAUGGAGCUGAGGAUGAGAGCGGACACAACCUGAUUGCAGAGGCUCUAGCUACCAUUGGCUCUUUGGCAGAAUGGCUCGAUUGGAACCAGUUCCGUGCCAACUUCCGGAGAUAUCGCAGCUACAUGCAGAGCAAGCCUGAAAUGGAGAAGAACAUUCUCAGGUUGCUCGGCCGAAUGUCUGACGCGCUCUCCAGUGCGGCUGGCCAAAGGAAAUCCAUGGAGUCUGACUCGAAUGAAGAUGUUUCGGACGAUGUGGAUAAGAUGGACGUCUCUGAGUCAGUCCACUGCAGACUCGCCAAGUCCCUGCCCAAUUUCGAGAAGGUCUCUUCGGAGUUGACAACCAACUUCAUUCCUUUCCUGACCAAUUUCAUCCAUCACAAACAGGAGGCGGAAAUGAGUCUGCGCUUGCCUGCCGCUGUGACAACCAUCAAACUGCUCAAGAUUCUUCCUGAGCAGGAUAUGGCUAUUCGACUUCCUGCUGUGCUUCUGGAUGUUUGCAGCACACUGAAGAGUAAAGCCCAGGACUCUCGAGAUACUGCGCGGAAGACUUUGAACGACAUUGCUUUGCUGCUUGGGCCCUUUUACUUCGGCUACAUCCUCAAGGAGUUACGCAACACCCUCUUGCGUGGAUAUCAGCUUCACGUUUUAUCCUACACCGUUCAUUCUAUGCUCGUCUUCACAACGGAUCAUUUCAACCAAGGAGAUUUGGACUACUGCAUGGCAGACCUUGUUGCUGUUGUCAUGGACGACACCUUUGGCACUGUUGGGCAAGAGAAGGACGCCGAAGACUACGUCAGCAAGAUGAAGGAAGUGAAGAGCAACAAGAGCUAUGACUCUAUGGAGUUGCUCGCCAAGAAUGCCACGAUCAGUCAUCUAUCAAGUCUUGUGCGACCGCUCCAGUCACUGCUGCGGGAAAAGCUUAACACAAAUAUUGUCAAGAAACUCGACGAGCUCAUGCGACGCAUUGGAAUCGGCCUUUUGAGAAAUCCUUGUGCCGAGAGCAGAGAGAUUCUGGUCUUCUGCUACGAAGUCAUCAAGGAAACGUACCAGGAUAAGGCCUCCACCACAUCUCAGGUUACCGCGAGAUCGGAGAGGGAGGAGCGUUUUCUGGUUCGACUGCAAGGCGCCAAACGAGGGGAAAAACGCGGUACGACAGCAUCACACAUCUACAAGCUGACCCGAUUCGCACUUGACAUUCUGCGCGCCAUUUUGAACAAGUUCAAUUCACUCUUGACCGCAGCAAAUGUCGCAGGGUUUUUGCCGAUUAUUGGGGAUGCGCUUGUGCAAUCUCAAGAAGAGGUCAAAAUUUCUGCUCUGCGGCUUUUGUCUACGAUAAUCAAGCUUCCUUUGCCUGAACUUGACGAAAAUGCGCACGUGUAUUUGACGGAAGCUGUGAAGAUGAUCAAGGAGUCUCCGAGCACUAACUCCGAGGCGUCCCAGGCCUCCCUGAAGCUGAUAUCCUCGAUGAUCCGUGAGCGUAAGGCUACCAAGCUUCGUGAUGGGCAUCUUGCAUACCUGCUGCAGCGGCUCACCGCCGACAUUGAGGAGCCUGAUCGUCAGGGUGUGACCUUCAACUUCAUCCGAGCCGUCAUGUCCCGGAAAUUUGUUGUGCCGGAGAUGUACGAACUCGUUGACAACAUCGCGACUAUGAUGGUUACUAAUCAGACUCGCUCUGCGCGUGAUCUGGCACGGGGCACAUACAUCCAUUUCUUGAUCGAGUAUCCGCAAGCCAAGAGCCGGUGGUCGAAACAGCUUGGAUUCCUUGCUAAGAACCUGGACUACAAGCACCAAGAAGGACGGCAAUCUGUGCUUGAGGCAAUCCAUCUGCUCCUUUCCAAGACAGGAGAAGAGAUGGCUCAAGACAUCGUUAGCACAUUCUUCCUGCCUGUUGUUCUUGCUAUGGCAAAUGAUGAGUCAACCGAGUGCCGCGAAAUGGCUGGAGCUCUGUUGGGUCAAUUCUACAAUAGAGCAGACAAAGAGCAGAUGAAGACGAUUCUGAUUCCCUUACACACUUGGCUAGAGCAGACUGACAACAUGGCACUGGGCAGCAUUGGUCUCCAGGCCAUGCGUAUCUACUUCGAGGCCGAAGAGACGGAGAAGGAGAAAGAAGGACGUUUCGUUGUCCGAAUCCUACCUGGCUUGAUGGAGUCUGUUCUUGAAGAUCGAGAGAGCCAGAGCUGGGAGACUUUGUACUUUGCCUUGCAGCUCUUCACGAAGCUUUGCAAGACGAAUCCUAAACUGGGGCUGAGCUCCGACUGCGUCGCAAUCUGGGCCGCUGUCCAAGAGUCUCUCUUUUUCACUCAUGCCUGGGUCAAGACUUGUGCUGCAAACCUCAUCGGCAUGUGGCUUGCUGAUGUGGCCAAAACAAAUGCCGCCGGCGGGUACAGCGAGAUCCCUCUUGCGAGCAGUUCUGGCCUUCUCCUGGACCGGGAGUCGAUGCUCAAGCUGCUCCGGGCCAGUCUUCGAUCUUUGCGAACCCCCGGUAUUUCCGAGGAACUUGCCAUGCAGAGUGUUCGCAACUUGGUCUUCCUUGGAAGGUGCUGCGCACAGAAUGGUCUCGAAUUCCAGAAGACUGAAGACGAGGUAGCGGAAGAAGUAGCAUCAGAAGAUGAGGACGAGGGCGAUACCGCCGCCAACGGAGUCGACGGCAAAGAAGAGCAGACAAAUGGUUCCGAACAGAAGUCGUCCGCGCUUCGUUACAUCUUCUCGCAGAUUUCCACCCUCCUGCGCAGAGAGGUCAUUUCAAGCAGACCGAAUGUGCUGGUCCCCAAAACUGCCUCCAUCGCUCUUCUUGCUGCCCUCAUUCGCCAUCUAGAGGCCGAGCAAAUCCUUCCCUCGCUGCCCGUCAUACUUUUGCCUCUGCAGCAUUUGACAGACCCGUCCAUCCCACCACCUCGCUCCACGGACGAGACUUUCCAGAACACCUACAAGGGCCUUGUUUCGAACAGUCACGAAGUUUUAGACUUGCUGCAGAAGAAGUUCGGUACCACCGAAUAUAUUGCCGAGAUGGCCAAGGUGCAGGAUCAAAUUAAGGAGCGUCGCGAGGGUCGCCGUGUCAAGCGCCGAAUUGAGGCAGUUGCCGACCCUGAGCGAUUCGAGCGUGAUAAGCGCAGAAGAAACGAGCGAAAGAGGGUCAAGCGCCACGAAAAGGGUCUGGAGCAUCGUGGCAAGAGACGUGGUUGGUAA